GGUGUGCUUUCCGAGCAGGUAUUGUGAAAUUCUUCGGAAGAGUUGUUCGCGAGACCAUCCGUAGCCAUUUUGGCUCAAGGCUCGAGGCUCCCCUCGCCCGCCGCGCCUCCCGCCCCCCCCCCCGCGUCAGCAGCGAGCCGGCAUGGCGGCGGAGCUCGAGGAGCCGAGGAAGCCGCAGAACGCCUACUGGAUCUGGCUCAGCGAGAGCCGCGACGCGCUGACGAAGGAGGCCGGCAGCGCGAAGGGGUCCGUCGUCGGCAAGCUCGCGGGCGAGAAGUGGAAGGCCAUGUCGGCGGAGGCCAGGAAACCCUUCGAGGAUCGGGCGGCGGAGCUGAAGUCCGCGUACGAGAAGGCCAUGGAGGAGUUCAAGAGCGCUGGAGGCCAGGUGGGCAAGCGGCGCCUGGAGAAGAGCGAGGGGAAGAAGGCCAAAGCUGAGGGGAAGCAGGCCAAAGCUGACAAGAAGGCGAAAAAGGAUGCCCGCGCGUCUUCUGGGAAGCCAUCGCGACCGCCUUCUCCCUACUGGCUCUGGCUCGGCGAGAACCGCGAGGCGCUUGCGAAGGAGGCCGGCAGCACAAAGCCGCCCGUCGUCGCCAAGCUCGCUAGCGAGAAGUGGAAGGCCGUGUCGGAGGAGGACAGGAAGCCGUUCGAGGUGAAAGCCGCAGAGCUGAGGGCCGCGUACGACAAGGCUGUGGAGGAGUGGAAAAACAACGGUGGCGUCGAGGACGGCGCGAAGCAGGGCAGUCCCCGGAAUCGCAAGGCGGACAACGCCAAGACGCUUCCAGCGAAGCAGGGCAGCUCCCGGAAGCGCAAGGCGGACAAGGCCGAGACGCCUCCUGCGAAGCUGUCCCGCGCGUCUGUGGAUCGCGACUCCAGCAAGAAGGCCCCCGGGGCUCAGGGCAAGAGCCGCGGCAAGGCUGCACCGGCGACGGCGGCAGUCGUUCUCGAGAAGGACAUCGCGGAGAAGGCGGAGAAAGCGGGCUUCACUAGCGUGCUCCAGAAGUUCCUUGCUCGUGAGGACGUGGUGGCCAGCGGCAAGAGCCAGGCCGAGGCCUUUCAGGCGCUCGAAGCGGUGGGCGGCUUGAUGCACCCGGCCCGCCGCACCUUGCUGGGGGCUUGAGGAGAUGUGCAUUUUGGUUCUAAGCCACACGGACCUCUGGCCAGUCCAUUGAACCUCUGUUGCACUCUGCUCUUCUUUCUGGUGCUCGUUUCCUUCCUCGUCCCCUCUCCUCUCCCACCGCGGGGCCACUGCGCAGCAGUGGUUGGGUGCAUGCCAUCGGCCUAGACGCCGCGCAAAGAGCACCGCAAAUAUUGUGCAGGUUAGCCUCACUCUUCUUUUCCCGCUGCGCCCACUACUCUUCGUUUUCGUUCCAGAGGCUGUGCGAACAACACAUCGCAUGCUACUUUUAGCUUCAACAUUUCCAUUUCACUGCGCACUUCUAGAGUGUAUGCAGCAGACAUGAUAGAAGCGCCAGUACUUCAGAUUGUCCGUCAUGGUUGUUGGUCCUCGGGGGGCGAGGAGAGAAAAAAAAAAGAGUUGUUCGCGAGACCUCCUUUGGCGGGUAAAUCGGACCCUCCAUGCCCCAAGCAAGC